AUGAUAUCAUCAUCAUCAGUGUCAACAUUCAAAGGAAACUAUGAAUUGAUUGCAAAGAAGGAGAGAAUAGUAUUAGAUAAAGAUGGUGGUGUACCUUUGGAGAGGAUCGAGUAUCCUUGGAGAGACGACUACCAGAAUGUUUGUUAUGCAUCUGAUUUGGUUGUCACAUUUGACAUGACAAUAGAACAACAAGAACAAUAUCAAAAGGCAAGACAACGAUACAGAGGUGCAUGUCUACAAGCAUUUGAAAUUCGAAAGGAACAAGCCAAAGAAGAAAAGAGUAGUAGUAAAAAGAGAUAUCUAUCGGAAUGCGAAAGUAAUCAACAACGAUUCGAAAGAAUACUCGGGAUUGUAUGCAACGCUAAAUCAGCGACAACAAACUUUGAACAAAAGCAAAUUCAACGUAACAUUAGUCUGUAUCUACCACCACAUGUUGUUUGCUCACCGAUUGAUACCUACAGAAUCAGAGAUUAUCGGUAUAUCUAUGCUCUGGCUGCAAUGGGUCACAAACACCAUUUUACAACUCAUCCAUUAUUAGACCUGUUACCUGAACGACCAACCAUAUCAUUUCGUCAAUUAAUGCAAAGAGAUAGAACCGGUAAAAUAUUCCAAUUGAUUAGACCUCAAUUAAAAGAUUGUAUUGAUCAAUCACCAGAAUAUGAAUUACGGGAUAAUCAAUAUUAUGAUCAAAGUGGUAGUGGAAGUGGUAAUAAUAGUACACCUACACAUGAAGCAAAACUUGGUAGAUAUGAUCAAGAUGGUUCAUUACAUAUUCUAUAUUUAACAUUGGAACCACACUCUAGUAUUAUUAAAAUGACUAAACGAAUCUAUACCACCAAUAUAGAGAAUAUUCAACGACACUCUUUUGGAUCGUGGAAUGAAGCAGUUUCAUCAUUUUUGGAAAUAUUUAAACUCUAUACAAACCGUGACUAUACCAACAUUGACAUGCAACCAUUCACACCAAUAUCAUCAGACUAUUAUGGUUCACUCAUACUAUUUCAGCCAAUUAAAAAUCAAUUACCAAAGUUUAAAGAAAUCUGUUUCUCUGUUUUAAAAGAAAAAUAUUUAAUAUUAAAAAAAGAAACAAUUAAUAUUAUUGUAGAAUUACCAUUUUUUAUUUUACAAGAAUUUAUUAAAUAUUGCUUAGAUGAUAGUGGACCAAUAUCAUUUGAAAUAUUUAAAGAUAUUAAAAAGAAAUGGAAAGAAGAAAAAGAACAAUCAUCACUACCACUAGAUGAUGAAAUAAUACAACAACUUUUACCAUUGGAUUAUUGGAUUAAAUCAAUGUUUAAUAGAGAUCGGUUUAUAAGAUUAUCAUAUCUCUAUGAAAUUCCUCAAUCUCCAUUUCAUCCAAACUAUUCAGAAGAUGAUUUAUUAAUUAAUGUUUUCGAUUCAACUGAUCAAUUUAAAUUAAAACAAUUACCAAUUGAUAGAAUUUUAAUUCAUUCAUCUCAAAAUAAUAAUAAUCAAAAUAAUAAUAAUAAUAAUAAUAAUACAUCAUCUUCUUCAUCUUAUUCAUCUUUAUCAUCAAUAGUUGAUAAAGAAACAUUUAUUUCAAAUUUUAAUAAGAAUACAAAUAAUAUAUUUAAAAAGGAAGGAAUGAAUUGGAAUAAUAUGAUUGUUAUUGGAGGAAUAGUUACAUCAUCGUUGACUGGUUUGGAAGUUGGAUUUGAAGAAUCAGAUAUUGAUAUUAUAUUUUAUGGUGUCGAUUAUGAAAAGAUAAAAGAUAGGAUUACACAAUUCUAUCAAUACCUUGGAGACCACAAACAAUAUAGUGUUUCAGUGACUGGACCAACCAUCAUAUUCUCAAAACAUUAUCCACAAAGACAUGUUCAAGUGGAAUACUGUUGUUACACGAGUAUUGAACAGGUAUUGCUUGGUACAGAUAUUGAAGUCAGCUGUUUUGCAUUUGAUGGAACAAAUGUAUGGACAAUGCAAAGAGGUGUUGAAGCAAUCAAUUAUAGAUGUAAUUUUGCAUCACCGUAUGGUCAUUAUAUUAGAGGAGAAGGUGUCUAUCAACGACGUCUGUUAAAGUAUCUGGGUCGUGGAUUCUCGAUUGCUCACUUUACAGACAACCCAUACAUUAUUGAACAAUUUGGACAAUCUACUAUUGACCCACCUCUUAAACCAUAUAUCAUCCACAAGGAGCAAAAUGGUGUGGCAUUGUUGUUCAGUGCAAGAGACAACCCAAAAUUAAUUGAAAAAUUAUUAUUAAAACAUAAAGAGGCGUCACUUCCCUAUGGUCCAACAUGGACCAAAUCCAAUUUCGAACCAUAUGUUCAAGCAAAUUAUGAUCGUCACUAUGAUGGUUAUGCAUCACACUUUCCAAAGAUCCUACUGCAUAGUGAACUUGGUCAAAAUCAACACAACGACUGUUACACUGAUGAUAUAGAGUGCAUCGAGGAUUUCUUUAGGAUUCCUCCAAGACAGAUAUAA